CUUCAAUGUUUAUCUAUCUAUGUUUCUUAUAUUGUAGAAUUAUCCACAGAUGGAACUUGGAAUAUUCAAACUUGGUGCCAUAUUUAUAGUUGCAAGUGCUGACGUCGGCUUUGCUAUCUGGGACCGGUAUUCAGUGGACGAUGCCCUUCCACCAGUUGCGUACACAGCUCAUUUAAUGGGAGCUUUGGCCGGAAUCACAAUCGGUCUAGUUGUCCUGAAGAACUUUGAACAGAAACUCCAUGAACAAUAUAUUUGGUGGCUUGCUCUUGGAAUUUACAUUGCGUGUACGGUCUUUGCCAUAUUUUGGAAUGUUUUCUACUACUAGACUUUAUAUACUGCUAUUACAUUCUUCUCAGAACUUUCUCGAAGAACACAGACUCUGCAAUAUAAAGAUUUUCCAACCCCUGCCCAAAAGACUCAUGUGAUGUCUCCAAAAUAUGACACACGCCCCCAACCCACACAUACAUUCGACAUUCCAAAAUUUCGAUAUAAAAAUUUGAAAAACAAAAUUUUCAUUUAGACAUGAACAUCUUUAAAAGUAAGUAUGUGUAAAAAUGUAUGUGUAUAUGUGUGUGUGUGUGUGUAAAUAUCAAUAUAUGUAUUUAUAUAUACGAAUAUAUAUGUAAAUGUGUAUAUAAAUGUGUUUGUGUGUGUAUAUAUACAUACGUAAAUAUAUAUAUGAAUGCAUAUAUGUAUGCAUUUAUAUAUAUGUAUGUAUAUACAUGUAAAUACAUGUGUUUGUAUGCAUGUAUAUACAUACAUGUGUGUGUGUGUGUAUAUAUAUAUAUAUGUGUGGGCAUAUAAACUUGUGUUUGUGUGUAUGUAUAUCUAUAUAUAAAUGCAUGCAUACACAUUGAUAUUUUAUAUAAUAUAUAUAUAUAUGCAUACAUACAUAUAUACAUAUACAUAUAUAUAUACAUACAUACAUAUACAUACAUAUAUAUGUAUAUUUGUAUGUAUGAGUUGUAACUCCCAGCAGCAUCUUUUCCUCCAUCGCUCAUCUAUCAGUCAUACUCCUACCCCAUCUUUCAAGGGUCUACUGUCUCCUUCCCUCUACCACUCCGACUAUCCCCCAGUGUUGUCACGGGUUGACACUAACAACCGACGAGGAGUGUAUGAUAAGGUUUACUGAGUGGGAUGUCAAGAGUCAAAAAGAAAAAAAAAGAAAAAGGAAAUCAGAGGAGGAAGAAGAAGAAAAGGAAAUUAGAAGGAAUUAUGAAAGAAUCAAAAAGAA